UAGUGAGUCUAUAAAGCAUUCCUUUAAUCAUGGUGGUUUCGUUCUUCGCUCGUUUUCUCAUUGAGCGUCUCAACUGUUAUCCGUUUUGAAUUGCAUUGAAUUGUGUUAGUCUGAUACUAUGGAUGGACUUUUGGAUAGUCUGUCGGCAGGAUUAAGAGUCACUCUUGAUGAAACUAGUACUUUAACUCCUCAUCCGAGGUUUGCGUCAUAUAAGUUGAAAUACAGCGCAUCAUCGCAAGAAGCGCGGAGGCUGAAGUUUUUCGAGGACCAGAAAAAGAAACGGUCCGACCUCUUCGAACAUGCACGCCGGCUUGCUCUUGGUUCUGACGAUCGGGGUCCCUCGAGGAACGAUGAGCAAAUGGACUGUUCCGUAUCGCGGCCUCGGAACAGCGCGCCAAGGAUUUACAAAAACAGGCUGAUGCUGUCAGAAUGGCUUGUGGAUGUGCCAGAAGACUUUGCUGAAAAUUGGCUCCUGGUUCCUUGCCCAGUUGCCAAGCGCUGUCUUGUUGUGUCAUCAAAGGGCUCAACAAGAUCCUAUGCAAGAAACGGCUAUCGUAUUGCUGUCUUUUCAUCCCUACUGCCUGGUGGAAGCAAAUCUUCAGAUGGGAAGCACUCAGAUUUCUGCCUGCUGGAUUGUGUCUUCUCGGAAGUGCAUCGGACAUACUACAUUCUGGACCUCUUGUGUUGGAAAUCCCACCCUGUCUGCGACAGUGAGGCAGAGUUUCGUUUCUACUGGCUUGAUGAGAAAUUAAGUGAGGUGCCGCAGAUCAAGGAGACAAGUGACGAUAAUAGGCGCUGUCGGUUUGUGACAUUGCCACGGUAUCCCUGCACCACGGAAGCCAUUUCUGCUCUCAUGAACUCACCUCUUCCUUUUGAAGACGAGUUGGAUGGACUGUUGUUUUAUCACAAGAAAGCCCAUUACUUUGAGGGCGUCUCACCCCUGGUUGGCUGGCUCAAGCCAUACAUGGUACCUGAAAUCCUCGGAGCCUCCGUGGACCCACGUUAUCUUGAGAAACAGCCACAGGUUCACCAAGUUGGCCUCAAGGAGAAACUAGAAGCCAAGAAGUCUCGAACUAGAGAUAAGGUCAAGAUGGCACAGUCGAGUGCUGAAGACUGCGAUACUGAACCAGCCACUGUGAUGGAAACAUGAUAUUCUGCUCUU